CUCACGCCAGUUUUGCCUACGAGCUCUCUUCAGCUAUGUGCAUCGGGUUUUGACCAUCGUAUUUUUUUAGGUAACCUAAGGUUACGACACCCCAGAUGAACAAUAAAGACAACAAAUGGAGGCCUAUGGCCAUUUCCAAUCCUUCCACCCGUCUCAGAAUGGCACGUAACAUGCCACAGUGGGUGACCAAACCGGGAUCGGGAGCGCCUCCACCUCCCGUCCCGAAAGACGACACAAGAAACAGAAGCAACUCAAAGCCAAACCAGCUCCAAGAACCAGACUAUGAAGUAAUAGAAUUCGGCCAACAGUACUCCAACGCACCACCCCUGUUACCCGCCAAAAACGGCAACAGUUUGAAACGCGAAGGAAAACACUGCCAGCUCUGCGGCGCGUCCAGCCCCUCAGUGCGUUGCGAAGAAUGCACCCAAAUCUUCUGCGUCUCCUGCGACGACAUGUAUCACCGCCACCCCAAACGCCAGUCCCACAUCCGAAGGAGCGUGGACAACGUCCGUCCCCCGCUGCCUCCUAAGGGAGAACCCGCAUCCGCCCCAGUGCCGCCCCCUCGUCGUCACCGCCGCAGCGGCUCCGUAGGCCCCUCGCCGUGCCCCAGUCCCACCCCCAACCGCCACAGUCAGGGUUUUCAACCUGUCCAAAGGAAGGAUGUAAAUGCCUUCUCGUUUAAGGACAAAAUGAAUUCGCUGAAACGUAUGAUGGGAAACCGACCACUUCCACCAACACCCACGUCUCCAAACUUUUCUUCAUCUCGUUCAGAGUUUUGUGCAAGUCCACCAAACCUAAACAGAUCAUACAGACCUCCAAGUCCAAGUCUUUCCCUUCAAGAAAGAUACCGGCAGCAUCAGAUGGCGAUGAGAGGAACGACUCCAAAUCUCCCAUCAACAGUGUCAUCAGAGUUCGAACAGCCUCCAAGCAGAGACAGCGGUUAUCCAGAUUGGGAGCAGGAACAAUGGCGUGGCAGAUCCGGCAGCAUGUCCGGCUCGGACGCCGGUGGAAGAUUCCGGAAGCUCAGCAACACAUCCUGCCCGCCACCCACAAGAAACCUGCCCCACAGCACUUCAGUAUUCGACCUGAACGCUAUGCAGCCGAUGCAACAUCACCACCAUCACGGAUUCGUUCCGAUACAAUCGGCGCAGUCGAUGGCGCAGCUGAACUGCCAGCCCUGCUGUCAGCCUUGGAUGGAUCAGUGGGGUAAUCCCCAACACGGCAGCAACAUGAGCCUGAACAUGCCCCAAGGUUAUCCAAUGAAUCCGAUGUGGAUGGGGACGUGGCACGGUCCACCACCCAGUGGUUACCCGUAUCCGAUGCCUCACGCACAUCACGACCCCAGAUCCUACCACUCCAGACCUGCGUCACCUACGCACAGCGUCAGAUCUAGGAAGUCGACGUUGAGCAGAAAGAGUAGGAAAAAGUUUAGGGAAGUCGAGGAUUCGGACGAGGAGGAUUUCGACGACAGAAGAUCUAUUAGAAGCGAGAGGAAAAGUUUGGGAGGCAAGAGAUUCGUGGAGAGGCAGGUACCACUGCGGGACGCAGCAUCAAUGCCUCGGGAGUUGAUGAGACGCAACACAAUUGAUAGGGUUGAAAGAGUUGACAGGGGUGACAGAGUCGAAAGAGGUUCGGCGGCGAGAAGCAGAAGAAGUGUUCGAGAAUCUUCUAGUGAAAGCGAGGAUGACGAUUACGGAUCUGACAGUCAGAAGGAAAGUGAAGUUUUAGAGGAAGAAAAUGAUUCACCUUACGAUAAUAAUGUGGAGGAUACAAAAGAUGAAGUUAUAACAGAAGUGCCGGAAGCAUCGUGGGAAUGCGAGCACUGCACGUUUGUGAAUGAGCCAGGCACUAGAGUUUGUUUGGUUUGUUGUAAGACUCCAACGGCUGACGCCAAAGUUGUUACAAAUAAACCACCUGAGAAAGCAUCAAAGCAUGCUAAGUCUAGUAUUAAGAGAGAACUGUCUCCAAAACCUAAGUCAAAGGAUGCAAAAUUACAAAGAAGUGCAUCCAGUGAUGACUACAGUAAGGAUUACAGCGAAACUGAAUCGGUUUUGAAUAAACUGGGAAAGUUAAAGAUGACUGAAAAUAUUAAGACGCCAGAAGUGAAGAAAAUAGAAGAAAAGACUACUACAGAAAUCAAGAAAGGAAAAGGAGAAGCUAACGUGCCCGCAGAAAGUGUAAGUGAACAAGAAGAAAUUAUAAGCGAAAAUUCAGUUAACUUGUCAUUGGAAAACCUAUCGGUUAACAAAAGUGUUGACAUAUCUUCAGUGAACAGCAGUGAAAGUGAAAAUCCAAAAAGGAAAGUGUCUACUGGUGUCGGUUGUUCUCCAAUUGAUAUAAUAUCUGGUGAAAACGUAGCGAGUGAAUCUAAACCCAAGUCUAACAGUAACCAAGACAAAAUUAUGGUAACAACAUCUACUGGCACGUCUCCACCACCCCAAAGCAUCUCCACUCAGACGUACGAAGAUGUACCGCCAGUCGAUCCCAAUAAAUCUCCAAGAGCAUCAAGUAGAUCAAGCAGACGAAGAGACUUGAAACGAUCUCAAUCUUUAAAAUCUGCCCAAAAACGAGGCUCUGAGUGGUCGUUGCAUCGCUCUUCUAGUCGACACUCCUUUACUACCGACUCACAAAGCCUUCCGGGAAGCAGAGAACAAAGUCCUUUCUCAUACGACUACGAGGACGAUAAUUACAUGGAUCGCUACAGCCACAGGGACAGAAAACCUCCAGUGAACACAAGGUUAUCUCAUAGCAUCAUGGACUUGAGGAAGCCGGAUUUAUACAGAAGACCGAGUCAGCACGAUCUAGGAUAUUACAGGGAAUCACUAGAACCUCCAAGUCACAGAAACAGAUCAGAGUCACUCAACCCGGAACGAUUUGAGUAUUUAACUCAAAUGGAACCUAGACAUGACACUUUCAAAUCUCAAGGCUUAGAACUGGUCAAAUUACUACGAGAAGCAGAACAAUACAAGUAUACAGCAGACGAAGUUCAAGCAGCGAUUGUACAGUGUAAAGAUAUGAACCCCAUAGAAUGGCUAAGGGAACACUGGGAUGCAACAAUUGCCAGUGUUCAAACUUUAGCUACUCAAAUGGGAAGAGAAGGUCCCAUGAAUAUUGUGGGAACUGUCUCUGAAAAUGAAGCCAGAGAAGCCCUUAAACAACACAAGGGUAACUUGUGGCCUGCUGUUACAGAAUGUGUCGAACAACGUCAAAGAAAAUAUGCAAUUUUGGCUUCUCGUGGUGACUUCAGUAGAGAAGACAUAGUGACGGUUUUGACCGCCCAUCAUGGUGACUUGGAGGCGGCUUACAAUGAGUUGAGCAAGACUCAACUGAAGCCGUUUCUAAUGCGGAUUUGGGGACCGCCAGUCGGUACUGAAAAUGAGGCAGGUAAUGAGGGGGCUACUCUAGAACAAAUCAGGGGCGAAGAACCUGCUACUGAGAACGCAAAAAAUAUUAAAGAAGAAGCAAAAGCGGUAAGUACAGAUAUAACAAACGCCCCUGAGGAUAACAUUUCGAACGUAAGUAAUGCCCCCUCAAACGAUUUAAAAAAAGCCCGACAGAUCAAACACCAAAACUCUUUAAAAGAAAUUGAGGAUGAGGUUUUAAAAAACUUGGAGGACAUUAACCGACUUAGUGAAAGUUUAAAUAACGAAGAAUUCAUGGAGGACAUGCCAAAGUCUGCCAAUGAACUCGCUAAAAGUAACACUGUUAUAAACAAAUUUCCUAGCAAAAUCGUAGUCGAACCCCCAACUCCAAAACCUAAAGUUUACGUUGAGAAAAGUAGUACAGUUAUACAAGUCGUCGACAAUGAUUACUUGAUACCGUUUCCUACUGGUAUCGACCGUAGCGAUUCUAGAAGUACCACAGAUAGUAGCGAUAACGAACCAUACGUUGAAGCUGCAGCUGAACCUUUUGACAGCCCUGUUAAAGAAGAAACUGCACCUGAACUUGUAAAAAGUCAACCAAUAGCAGAGCCAAAAAUUGAACCCGUCGAUCCUCCAGUAAAUUCAACAGAAAUAAUUCAAGUCGAAGCUAAACCUAAAACUAAUCUUAGUAGAAAAAAAAGUGUCAGUAAACUAAACAUUACAUUGUUUAGUAAUAGUCAACCCGAAAAAGUUUCCAAACCAGAUACUGAGCCACAACCUGAAGUUAUUCAAGUUACACAACCUGUUCAAAGUAAGGCAAAAUUGGCUGAAGACGUUGAAUCUCCAACGAAAUAUGAAGAUGUUGUUUUAGAAAGUAAAGCUGCGAUAGUUUUAAAGCCCACAAGUAAAAGAGAAUCAACUUCUGCCACCAGAGAAAUUUCUGAUAAACCUGAGAGUGAAAGAGAAAUUUCAAACGUUGAAGAAGUUGAAGAAAUGCCUUCUACCAGUAAACUGGAUGCUAACAUUACUAAUAUUGAAUCAAAUUCUCACGAAAGAGAACCUUUAAACCCACCUAAAGAAGAAGCUGAAACAGUUACUACUGUAAUUCAAAACGAUGGGAAUGUUGAUCCUGAAGUAGUUCAACCUAAAAAUGUUGAACUUGAAAAUGAUAGUAAUAAUUUAGUAAUUAACCAGUCAACUAUAAACACUAACGCUCAGAACGAACCACCUUCACAGUCUGAUUUUUUAGGCAAUAACGAAAAACAAGUUGUCGAAGAAACAAUAACACAAUCAGAGCCACUAAUUGUGGAACAAAUUGUUCCAGAAGUUAAAGAAAUUCCAACUGAGGAAAAUUUCCAACCUUCAGUUCAGGAAGAACAUCUUCCAGUUCCACAAGAAGCUCAGAUAAUAGUGGAGGAACGAGAAGAUUGUUCAAUGAGUAAUUCUUUAUUGCCAGAAUCAGAACAAGACAAUCACAUACAGAGUGAACCAAUUCCUGAAGAACCAACAGCAAAUAUCGAAGAAUUAGUUAAACCAUCCAGUUCGAAAUCACAGGUGACUUUGAAAAAGAAACGAUCACAAAAGAGGUCGAGAAAAAGAGCACAGAGAACGCAAAGGAGUGAAUCAACAACAAGCACAACAGAAUCUAGUAGUGAAGUACCGGAUAACACGGAAGCUGAAUGCAACACAGAUGAUAACGAGAAACUGAAGGAAAUUGCUGAACAUGAUAAGGUCACUAGACAUACAAGUAAAUUGAAUAGAAAAAAAGGUAUUGCGAAACACGAAAGUCAGAAAUAUUCAAAGCUGAAGAAGAAUUUUGUACAGAGUAAAGUAGAGAAAAAACAAGAACGUCUCAGUGAAAAUAGUGAAGAUAUUUCUUCGGAUAACAACAAUAAUAUUAAAAUAGAGGAAAUUGUAGAAGAUAAAGAAUGUACAGAAGAACCACUAGUAACAGAAAAAAAUGAAGAGAAAAUGGAUGAUGUUAAGAUUGUUGAACCAACAAAAGAGCCUGAAAUAAAACAACAAGUGGAAAAGGCAACAGAACACGAGCCCAAAGAGAUGAAGAAGAUCAAAAAAUCUAAAUCAAAUAAAAAAAUUAAAGACGAAUCAAUUAAGAAACAUAAAGAACCCGCAGAAGAUAAAGAACCAAAAGAAUUAAACAAUGUCGCUGAGGAAAAAGUUGAUGAUGAGAAUAAAGGAGAUAAACAAAUAAAUGAAUUAAAUAAAUCAUUUGAUCAAGACUCGAUUGAUAAAGUAAUACCUAAUGUGGAACCAAAUGUACCAACUGAAACAAAAAAGGAAACAAUUCUUGAAUCGGACAAAGAAAAUGAAAAGCAAAGUGAAGAAUAUAAAGAACAAAAAGAAGAAGUAGUGAGAGAAGAAAAAUUGGAACAACCAAAAACUUCCACAACAAUACAAAUGGCUCAAAAUAAGCAAAGUACAAUUAAUCAAGGUAAAAAAGCGUCGAAAAUACCAAUUUCCAGACAAAGAUCAAUUUCUAAAUGCGAAGUAAAGUCACCAGAAGUGCAUCCUAGUCAAAGCAAAAUUCCUAUAAAAACACCUCGGAAGAAAAGCAUUUCAGAACAACCACAAAAUACCAAAUCAAAUGUUAAACAACCAGAAGUCACAGUUCUGAUUGUUCCUGAAGAAAAAGCAAAAGUCCAACCAGCAUCGACAUCUAAUAAGAAACAAGAGAAGAAUACAUUUCGUAGCAAAAGUGAUCCCCAAACUGUCACAGUCGAAAGUAAUACAGAUCAAAAGAACAUUCCAGAGGAAACUGCAAAAAAGAAUUCUAACAAUAGUGUUAACAUAGAAGAAACUGCUAACGAUUUAAAAACAACCUUCGAAGCAGUUAAAAAACAGUUAAGCGAUCCGACUUCUAAAAGGAGCCAUUUAGUUAAAAAAAGCUCUAUGGACUCGACAACCAGUUCGACCAAACAAUAUUCCUACACCAAGUCUUUAGACAACGACAGUGAUUCUUCUGUAUCUGAUAGCAACGUGGAAGAAAUUCUCGAACUCAGCACCGAUGAAGAGAGCUACGAAGAAUUCGAAGAUGAUUUCGAGGAGGUGGACGAAUCCGCCACCGAAGAUUACGAAGAGUUCGAUUCAAAAAACUUAAAGAUCGCCGAACAGCUCAAUAUUAACAUAGCACAAUACAGCGACAAAGUAAACGAACUUACUUCGAAUUUGAAUCACAGGAAUAAUUUAAACAAUCAAAGUAUUGAAGAGACUUGCGAAUCUGAAGAAUACGUUUCUGAUGAAGAAAUUGACGAAGAGGAAGGAGAGGAGGAGGAAGAAGAGAUUCAGGAUCCAAAAAACGGUGAAAUGAUUAAUUUAAAUGUGCAGGUGGAGGUGAAACAACCUACAGAACACGAACUAAUGGAGAGACAGGCGAGGAGAUUUCUGGCCGAAGGGCAAGUCACCAACUAUCAGCAAGCCGAACUGGCAGUUAGUUUGAUGGCGCUGAACUUCACCACUGAGGAAGCUUUGGAAGCUGUACAAGACUGUUACAAUUUGGACGCUGCAAUCGCUUAUUUACAACAAGAUUGUGAAUUGUGUGCAGGAAAAUACCCCAUGAACAAGAUGAUUCCAAUGUUAAAGUGCGUGCACAGAUGUUGUGAGGACUGUGCCAGGAACUACUUCACAAUCCAAAUAACGGAUAGAACCAUCAUGGACUGUACGUGCCCUUUCUGCAAAUUCCCAGAGCUGCAUGACGCCACAGAAGAUGAGAUUUCGGACUACUUCGCUCACAUGGACAUCCUACUUAAAGGUCUAAUAGAGCCUGCAGUUCAUGAAUUGUUCCAAAGGAAGUUACGCGAUAGAACCUUGAUGCAAGAUCCCAACUUCAAAUGGUGCGUGCAGUGUUCCUCUGGAUUCAUAGCUAAUCCAAGACAAAAGCGACUUAUUUGUCCUGAUUGCAAGUCCGUCAGCUGCGCCUCCUGUAGGAGACCGUGGGAGAAACAGCACGAAGGGAUAACCUGCGAACAAUUCGCCGAAUGGAAGGAUGCCAACGAUCCAGAAAACCAAAUUCAAGCAGUUACGAAACACCUGGCCGAAAACGGAAUUGACUGUCCGAAGUGCAAGUUCCGUUAUUCCUUGGCCAAAGGUGGUUGUAUGCAUUUCACUUGCACGCAGUGCAAGCAUGAGUUCUGCUACGGUUGUGGCAAGACAUUUAUGAUGGGGGCGAAGUGCAAAGUCAGCGCUUAUUGUGCUAAGCUUGGUUUACAUGCUCAUCAUCCUAGAAAUUGUUUGUUUUAUCUUAGGGAUAAAGAACCUGGAGAGCUACAGCAUUUGUUAAAGCAAAACAAAAUAAGUUUUGAUACUGACGUACCAGGGGACAAGGAAGAAAACGCAAGUGCCCCUAAAAAGUGCGCCGUACCUUUGCAAAAGGAGACGCCUUCUGGUUUGUUAGAUACGAUUUGUAAUGGCGAUGUUCUUCCCGGACAAGCUGGUCUUUGCAGGCAGCACUACAUCGAGUAUUUGGUUGGGCUCAUUGGCAAGAACAGGGUGGACCCGAUCUCGAUCCUCGACCUGGCCGAAAUAACCCAGGAGUUGCGCCGUCGCGGCAAAGAACUGCCCGAACGUCCGGCCUCAUGCAUGGAGUUCGAAUACAAGCGAAUCUGCGCAAAGAUCGUUGUGGAACAAAUACCGCUGGAAUGAACUGCGAAUACAAUUUUCCAUUGACAAUUUUUCCUGUGUGAUCGUCUUAGGUGUUUUUGUUAUACAUGUAAUGCAUAGAAUGUUAAAUAAAUACUUAUUUAUUACUUUUAAAA